GCAAAAUCAGCUGUAGUCCGCGGAAACCACCAACAGGAAUAUUUUCCUGUACUUAGCUAGCUAUCCAUCUGUCAAAUAGUUUUCCUCCCCUUUCUCCUCUUUGCUGUCAGAGCGCCAGGCUGGCGAUGUCGGAGUCAUACGAUUUCCUGUUUAAGUUCCUGGUGAUUGGGAACGCUGGAACAGGCAAAUCCUGUCUGCUGCACCAGUUCAUAGAGAAGAGAUUCAAAGAUGAAUCCAACCACACGAUUGGAGUGGAGUUUGGCUCCAAGAUCAUCAACGUGGUCAACAAAAUGGUCAAACUUCAGAUUUGGGACACAGCAGGACAAGAACGGUUCAGGUCUGUGACCAGGAGUUACUACAGAGGAGCAGCAGGUGCCCUGCUGGUGUAUGACAUUACCAGUCGAGAGACAUACAACGCUCUGACCACAUGGCUGAGCGAUGCCCGGAUGCUCGCCAGUCAGAACAUUGUCAUAAUCUUGUGUGGAAACAAGAAGGACCUGGACGCUGAUAGGGAGGUCACAUUCCUGGAGGCGUCACGCUUCGCACAGGAGAACGAGCUGAUGUUCCUGGAGACCAGCGCUCUGACAGGGGAGAACGUUGAAGAGGCCUUUGUGCAGUGUGCUCGCAAAAUCCUCAACAAGAUAGAGUCAGGUGAACUGGAUCCAGAGAGGAUGGGUUCAGGUAUCCAAUAUGGGGACGCUGCGUUACGACAGCUCCGUUCUCCUCGCCGUGCUCAGCCACAGGGCACCCAGGAGUGUGGCUGCUAGUGGAGGCGCUCAGUAUCAUACACAGACAAAGUGUUUCAGACAGGUUUGUGAAGACCAGAAGGGGAUCAGCCUCGGGGUGUGGGGGGACCCUCACAGUCCAGGGUUCAGGUGGCUGUUCUGGUGACUCCUCUCCGACCCUCGAUUUGGCCUUUACACCAAAUCUUCACACUCUUCAGCGCCUUCUGAACCCUUGUUGUCACAGCUUCACCUGCAAAGAGCCAAACAGACUCCCCAACUUUAACCCCCUCCUCAGAACUUUGAGCAUCUCCAUCGUAACCACGGGCAGCCCACCUUCCAACAUUCUGUUCCACGAUUGGACCAAACCCUCUACAAGCCCUCCAAUCAGGAAGUGAACUACUAACAUGUCUUUUAUCCUGCACGUACCCCUGCUAACGUCAUACCAAAGUCCAUUCUUGUUUUCUCAUGUGGAACAGCACCAACUUGUCCCUAUUACCAACCGUUUGGAAAGUUUGCUCUCUUUCUUUGUCAAAUUAGGCAAACAAGAUCACUCCGGCUCAUUAGUUUGGUAUAAAGGUUUCACCAGAUUAUUUUUGGAUCUUGGAGGGAGUCAUGCCAUCUCCCUUUUCUUCUCAUCUGUGAAGUUACCAUGAAAUCAAAAUAGUUUUAAUCCAAUAUGUCUUUUACUGCCGAUAUCGAACCGAACAAAGAUCAAAUGAUGUUUGUCGGUAAUCUUCAGAAAUCUUGUCAUAUCCUUCAAAGUUACAUAAAAGGUUUAUGGCGCAUGCACUCUGAGGUUUUUAGUAAUCCAAUGAGUUAUAGUUGAUUAGAAGUUCCUAGUUAAUGAGAAGAAUCCAAUAGAAAGCUUUCUCAAAGUUGUACGUCCUUCCUCCAUGACAACAGGAACUGUGAGUUAUCAUCAUCUCUGUUUUGUUUGAAUGCUCCCACAUUGAGUGUGAUUGUAGACUUUAUUGUAGACACCCUGUGUUUUAAAGUGAACACCUUCAUUUGCUAAAUCAGCAGAUAGCAGAUUCAUGGAAGCUUAUGCAAAGCUAAGCAAAUAGCCUCCAGGCUCUAGCUAGACCUCAGCUAAAGCUUUGGAAUACAAUUAUCCCAAAUUGUUGACAAGUUAACCACCUUCAUGUUUUAAACCCCUGAAGCAUCAGUCAGUGAGCUGAUUUUCCCAUCACAUGUACAACACUCAUAGUACAGACCACCCUCACAUUUUGCACUCCCUGUUUGCUUAAAUCAUUCCUUUUUUUUUUUUUACGCACUUUCUCUCCAUGUAAAGUGAGCCCAGGCGAGCAGAUGCAAAGUUACACUUAACACACUGCACUCCUCCACCUCCAUCCCUUUCUUUCUUUUAUUCUUAACAUGCAACCAUCCUCUCUGUUACUUGCCUGCACCUCAACCCACCUGUCCACCCUACAGCACCCUACACACUGUACAGUGUUUUUUCUGUAUAUAGAGAUUGACGCAUGUUUUCUCAAACAGAGUAUUUCAUUUUCAAGAGAUAUUAUAUGUAUAUUAAAGUAGAACUCAUAUCCAGCGUCUGUUUCAUGCUCCAUUGUAUUCUUAUCAUGUAAAGCUACUAUACACUGGUGAUGUGUGAGCAGUUCGGAUGGGCUGUACCGUUUGCUGCAAUGAUGUUUAUUUGUAAAUGACACAAGAUUAUGUGGAUUACAUUAUGGACUAUUACAUUAAUGUGAGAAAAUGCUGUGUCAUCAUUGUUUAAGCCCAUAGAUUUAAAACAAAACUGACAAACAGAGGCAACCUGAAAUAUAUUCAGAGCAUACAUUUGGAUUUCAUUUGAAAGCAGUGUGAGAGAUAUGUAUGGUUUUUUAGUCGACACAUGAAGCUUCAGUUAAAUGAUUGAUCUGACAGUGGGACACACUUCUUUAUCUGAGGGAGUUUCCAGUCAUGACUCUGGUCUUACAUUUCUAAAUGUCGCCUGUUUACACAAGUACCUCAGUGACUGUGGUGUAAUACCAACUGUAUGCAUUUCAAGUUUUAGCGACUGUAUGAAACGAUCUGAUGUGCGUUUGUAUUUUUUUUUCUUUAAAGAUCCUCGAUGUCCUCAGUUUGAAUCAGUUUGAAUCAUUCAUGGUAAAAAUGACAUUAAAGGUUGUGUUGUGCAGUGCUUGAAUGAAACAUGACAUGCCGUUAAUGUUUUUACUCCCUCUGCCUCAAAAUUCUGAAUUCAUCUUUUCAUUGAAGCACACGUCAGUCUUCAGAAGCUUUUCACAUCAGAUUGAAAGUGAGAGGUCGAAAGGGGCUCUGGCUGUUACAUGUCAGGUGGCUGUCUUGUGUUUACGUCCUCUGUUUAUAUUGAUGUAUGUCUGGUUUUCUCUUGUCAUUAUGAAUAUCAUGGAUUUUUAAUUUAUUGAGUAUGAUUAAAGCAUAUGUUUUUAGAAUAAAACAAAUUCUACAGAUA